AUGCGAGUAUCGUCGAAUCGCGGUCUCUUCCCGCGCGCGCUGAGCAUGCUCGGCGUGGUUGCGCUGUUGGCGCUCGCGCUGCUCUCGACCCCUGCGCGCGCCAUGGGCGUCGUCGCCUUCGACUACGGUACCGAAUGGAUGAAGGUCUCGCUGGUCAAGCCCGGUCUGCCGUUCGAUGUGGUGCUGGACCGAGACUCGAAGCGCAAGAUCCAGUCCGCCGUCUCGUUUAAAAAGUGGGGCCUGGAAGAGGAGAUCCUCUUCGGCACCAAUGCGUACAAUCAUGCUACGCGAGAACCCAAGCAGUCCUUCUACGGCCUCAAGACCCUCCUCGGCCGCACAACCGCAGACGACGACAAGCCUUACGUCGACCUCUACGCCUCGAUCUUUGGCAACGACGUCGUCAGCUCCGACCGCGGAACGUGCUCGCUCAAGAGACCGUUCGAGGCUGACCCCAAGCUUUCCAACCUUCCCGUGCUCUCCGUCGAGGAGCUUGUGGGCAUGCAGCUCGAAUACGCCAAGAAGCUCGCCGAGGAGACGGCGGGCGAGCGCGUCAACCCGUCGCUGCCCGCCGGCUUCAACAUCGGCUCGUUUGGCGGUCUGGAUGCCGUCGUCACCGUGCCCGCUUUCUUCACCGCGCAGGAGCGCCAGGCCAUCGUGGACGCCGCCGUGCUCGCUGGCUUCCGCCCGCGUCUCGUCUCGGACGGCGCAGCGGCGGCGGUCAAUUAUGCACAGACGCGUACGUUUGCGCAGCCCGAGAAGCACCUCUUCUUCGACGUCGGUUCCGGCUCGGUGCGCGCCACCGUGGUCGAGUUCAGCACCAAGCCCGUCGUCAUCGAUUCCAUCCUCUCUGCCGGCAAGAAGGAGGCGACCAUCGUCGACGUCAAGGGCGUCGGAUGGGAGCGCAACGUCGGCGGUCUCCAGCUCGACCUCAUUCUGCGCGACAAGCUCGUCGCCGACUUUGACGCCAAGCACGCCGCGCAGAUCGGCGGCUCGAUCAAGACCAACCUCCGCGCCAUGGCACGCCUGCUCAAGGAGGCCAACCGCGUCAAGCACAUCCUCAGCGCCAACGACGCCGCCUCCAGCAGCGUCGAGAGCUUGGUCGACGAGAUCGACUUCCGCACCAUGAUCCAGCGCCAGGACUUUGAAGAUGCCGUCGCCAAGGCGGGUCUCUUGCCCAAAUUCACCACGCCCAUCCAGCAGGCACUUGCUGCCGCGGGCAUCAAGCUCGACGAGCUCAACUCGAUCGUGCUUGUCGGCGGCAGCACGCGUGUGCCGCUGGUGCAGAACGCCCUGCGCGAGGCAGGAAUCCCCGACUCGAAGCUCGCGCAGAACGUCAACGCCGACGAGGCGGCCGUCAUGGGCGCCGCCUUCUACGGCGCCAGCUUCAACCCGCAGUUCCGCAUGAAGGAGAUCCGCGCCUACGACCUCGUGCCGUACGCCGUCAAUCUCAAGGACGCCGACGGACACGAGGAGAUCAUCUUCCCCGCAGCGUCGUACGAGACCGAGCAUGUGGUGCGUCAGUACUCCAACGUCAAGGACGACUUUGUCUUUGAGCUCGAGUACGAUGCCGCCGCGCAGAAGGCGCUGGGUGUCGGCACCGACCGCGCCAUCUCCAUGGUCGAAAUCAGCGGCAUCGAGGAGAGCCUCAAGGAGCUCAAGGCGAGCGGACAGCUGGACCAGGUGGACACGCAGCUCAACCUGACCGUCGUCAGCCGUCCGCUGGGCACGUACUCGGUGGAGAACGUUGUGAUGGUCGUCAAGCCCAAGGCUGGCGGCAUCGCCGGUGCGCUCAAGUCGUUCUUCGGCGUAGCGACGCCCAAGAAGGCGAGCAACGCCACCACCACCAACUCUACCGCCACCAACACCACUUCGAGCGACGAGGCCGGUAAGGAGGAGGGUGCCGACGAGGACGACGAGACGCUGUCGUCCGUGCCGGCCAAGGACAAGAUCGUCAAGCUGACGGCACGCACCAUUCCGCAGAACGACGCCGUGCGCCCCAUGUCGGGCGACGAGAUCAAGCGCAGCAAGGACAAGUUGUGGACGAUGGGGCAGGCGGCGACGCGCAAGGCGCAGCGCGAGGAGGCGCGCAACGCGAUCGAGUCGUACCUCUACCGUGUGCGCGAUCUGGUCGAGGACUCCACCUUUGCCGCGGUCGCCAAGGAUGCAGAGCGCAAGGCGAUCGCCUCCAAGACCGACGAGCUGUCUGCAUGGCUCUCGGACGCGGGCGAGACGGCGGACACUGCGACGCUCAAGCUCAAGCGCGCCUCGCUCGAGUCGCUCAUCAAGCCGCUCGAGACGCGCGUGGAGCAGGGCAAGCUGCGCACUGCCGCAUUUGCUGCGUUUGAGACGUCGCUCUCCGAGGCGCGCGAAUUCGUUGCGGAAGCGCGCGCGAACCUGACUGCGGCGCUCGAGAGGAACGAGGCGAGCAAGUACAGCGUCGCGGAGCUCGACACGCUCAGCGCCACGCUCGACAAGGACGCCGAGUGGUUCGCCAAGGGCAAGGCGCUGCAGGACAAGAAGGGCGCCAACGACGAUCCGGCGCUGCUGAGCACGGAUGUGGAUGCAAGGAGGAAAAAGUUCUCGGAGACCAUCGCAAAGAUCAAGAAGAGGCGCAUCGCAAAGACGCGCCCGCAGAAGAAGAAGCCCGCUGCCGCCGCCGAGGCCGACAAGAAGGACGCCAAGGAUGCCAAGGACGCCAAAUCCGAAGCGGGCGACAAGAAGGACGAGCAGCCUCCGCGGCACGAGGAACUCUGA